CCGCUGUCAUGGCUGUGGCAGCCGGGGGAGCGGUGGUGGCCUCGCACCUCUCUGGCUAGGGGGUUUGGAAGGCCGCCAGCAGCCGGCUUGUGGUGCUAAACGCUGCAAGGGUACCUACCACCGGAGGCCUUCUCCCAGGGGCAGGGCAGGUCCUCCUGCGUAAGGGUGGGCAGGCAGAGGAGCAGCAUGGCCAGUCAGAGGGAACUGAGGCACCUGGGGAAAACUUGUCCUUGGUAAAAAUGCUUCUGAAAAAAACUCCUUAGUUACCUUCUCCCGACUCCUCAGAGGAGUCAAGGCCAAUCCAGUGCAGCAUUGCACAGGGCUCUCACUUAAUUAGUACCAGUCAGCAGCUCUUGCAGUUUGACACCAUUUGUGACAAAAUUUGCACUGUACACGCAUGUUUUGCGCAGUUUUGAUGCUCUCAUCCAAUGCACGUGUCUUCUGCAGCUCCAGCUGAAAGCAGCACCCGCUAAGCCAGCAAGGUCGCAGCACUGCCCCUGAAGCUAGGCAGCUUUUGCAAGCUGUUGAUACAGAGGUGUCAACUGGCACCAAGGGUGAUAUGGAGAAGCUCCAGCCACUGUUCUGCCCCAGAAACCUGGCUCAGUUUCCAGCUGGGCGCCCUGCCAAAGAGUCAGGGAUGGGGAUGGCAUCAGAGAGGAUCAACUGCCCAAGAAGUUGUAGCUGUCAGUACCUGGAAGUGAACUGCACAGGGCAGCAGCUGCAGGAGUUCCCUGAGGCUAUCCCGCUGGAUACCAGGCAGCUGAUUCUGGCAGAAAACAAUGUCUCCUACCUGCCAGCAGUGGAAUUGAGCUUCCUGACUGACUUGGUCUAUCUGGACUGCAAGAAGAACCUCUUAGGGCAUGACCUGGAUUUCACUUUCAUUGGUGUGGCCAAACUUGUCUAUCUGGACCUCAGCUUCAACAGUCUCACACAGGUCACUUUCAGCACCUUCUCACACCUCCUCAGCCUGGUGGUACUGAAGAUCUCAAACAAUCCCAGCCUUGUGGCCAUUGAGAAGGAUGCUUUUGCCAACAACACCUGGCUGAGGCACUUGGAUGUGAGCCGGACAGGCUUAACAUUCCUAGACACCAGCACUGUCCAAGACCUGCGCAACCUGAGGUUUCUGGGGCUCAGUAACAACCUGUGGCACUGCAACUGUUCCUUUCUGGACUUCGUCGCUUGGAUGACAGAGAGCAACAUUCAUUUUCCAGAUGCUGACAAUGUCACCUGCUAUACCCCAGAAAGCUUGCGUGCUCUGAAAAUGCCUGCAGUGGAAGCACAGCUCCAUUUCAACUGUCUGACCCAGCUGUACAAGCAAGACUACAUCUUUCUGUGUCUCGCUGGCUUCUGCAUAUUCUUUGCCGGCACCAUGGCAGCCUGGCUGGCUGGCAUCUGUGCUGUCUUCUAUGAAGUCCACAUUUCAAAGGGAGAGGAGGAGGAGGAGGAAGAAGACACAGUCACUUAGGAUUACCCUACAAAUCUUUCUGAAUUCAUGGGAACUGAAGGCAGGUCCUUCCUGCCUCAUUUCUCACAUGAUGUCCCACUUCAGUGGUUUUUUGUGUUGUUUUGUUUUGUUU